AUGGUGAGGCUCUUUACUGAUCCAAAAAAUCGUAAUUGUUUGGCUGCCCUAGCGGUUGCUCAUAAAUCAAAUAAAGUUGAAAUUUUGAAGUACGGUGCUGAUAACUCUCCAGAUGGCGCGAUACUCGAAACUGAAUCAGGAUUAAUUUGCUCAGUAAAUUCGAUUGUCAGCUUCAUUCAAGGAGUUGAUUUAAACUCCCAAAGCAUUGUUGAUUUCUUUCGUUGGGAGUCCAAUGUUCUGAAACCCUCCUUAAAGCAAGCUAGCACCGUUGAGGAUGUUUCUGAUAUUCUGAUUGAGCUUCAAAAUAAGCUCCAAGCUCUUGAAAAUUCAUUAAGUGAAUCGGAUAAAUCUGCUAUACAUAUAAUUGUUUGGGCAGAUCUUUCCCAACUUUCUCUUAGUGGUGCUUCGAAAAAUGUGGAACAUCUUCAUAAAAUUGUCCAAACACUAAGUGCUGACGAGCAUUGUAUCCGAGCUCUUAAGGAUCUUUCGGGAAAGGCUUUUGCAAAGGAGCCCGUGAUUGCUGUCGGAACGAAGUUGCCCCGAAAGCAACCUCAAAGCGCGAAUACUAAAUCUGAUAUAACUCCCCAAAUAUCCGAAAUCGAUCAUGAAUUGCAGCGCUUGCAAAUUGAAGUUUCUUCUGAUCAGAUGCUCAAAGCACAAUGGACAUUUUUCUCUCCCUACCCUCUUGUGAAAACUCUUCAUCCAACGAUUGAUGGAAAGAUAAUACCCGCAAAGAAAGACGAGGGAGUACGAAAUAUCCUCAUCACUUCGGCUUUACCAUACGUCAACAAUGUUCCUCAUUUGGGAAAUCUAAUUGGUUCUCUUCUGAGCGCCAAUAUAUUUGCGCUUUAUUGUAGGACCGCUGGUUAUAAUGUCCUGUCAAUUUGUGGUACGGAUGAAUAUGGAACAGCUACCGAGACGAAAGCCUUGGCUGAGGGUCUGACUCCGCAGCAAAUUACAGACAAGUAUCAUACCAUUCAUAGGCAAGUCUACGAUUGGUUUGGUAUUCAUUUCGAUCACUUUGGGAGGACUUCAACUCCAGCCCACACUGAGAUUACCCAAGAGAUCUUUAAGCAGCUCUACGACAAUGGCUACAUUUCCGAAGCCUCUAUAGAGCAGUUGUACUGCGGACAUUGCGAGAAAUUUCUUGCUGAUCGCUUCGUAGAAGGAAACUGCCCCUACUGCAAGUCCGACGAUGCUAGAGGCGAUCAAUGCGAUUCUUGUGGUAAACUCAUCAACGCUGUUGAGUUGAUAAAACCCCGAUGUAUCACAUGCCUUAAGUCGCCCCUUGAGGAGAAGGUGGGAGCUUUCUUCAAGGAGCGCACAGAAGCUAAAGAUUGUAAAUGGACUCAAGUUGCUCAAUCGAUCGGUCGAACUUGGCUACGUGACGGUUUCAAAAAACGCUGUAUCACCCGCGAUCUCAAAUGGGGUGUCCCGGUUCCUCUUACCAACUUCAAAAAUAAGGUCUUCUAUGUUUGGUUCGACGCUCCGUUUGGCUACAUGUCAAUCACCGCCAACUACACCAAGGAUUGGCGUCAAUGGUGGCAGCCUUCUGAAGACUUGGCUCCAGUUGAAUACUACCAAUUCAUGGCUAAGGACAAUGUGCCCUUCCACGCCUGCAUUUUCCCUGCUAGUCUUCUGGGUAGCAGCAAGAAGUAUACUCUGGUGAAACACAUCAUUGCUACCGAUUACUUGAAUUAUGAAGGAAAGAAGUUCUCAAAGAGCAAAGGUGUUGGAGUUUUUGGUAAUAAUGCCCAGGAUAGUGGUAUUGAAUCAAAUAUCUGGCGUUUCUACCUCUGCUAUAUCCGCCCCGAAACUCAGGACAGCACUUUCUCGUGGGAAGAUUUUGCACUGAAGAACAACACUGAACUGCUUAACAAUUUGGGAAAUUUCAUUAACAGACCUCUAAUGUUUGUGGCCAAGUUCUUCAAGUCCAAGGUGCCGGCCUUGAAGCUCCUGCAACCGGAUGAUGUGACCUUCUUGGCUCGAGUGAACAACAUUUUGGCUGAGUAUAUUGAUCACAUGGAAAACUGUCGCCUCAGGGAAGGAGUUCGUUCAGUCUUGAGCAUCUCUCGACUUGGCAACGGCUACGUGCAAGCACAAAAACCUUGGGUUCUUUACAAGUCUCCUGACACUAUUGAACGAGCAGGUGUAGUAAGUGGUGUGAGUUGCAACAUAGCAGCUCUCUUAGGUAUCCUCUUGCGUCCCUUCAUGCCAGCAUUUUCCGAUGAAAUCUUCUCUCAAUGUCAACUACUCCCGGAACGUCAAACCCUUGCACCAAUCAUCGCUAACGGCGGCUACUUGCCCUGCCUCUUACCUGAGGGUCAUGUAAUUGGUGUACCUAAGCCCCUGUUUAAGAAGAUUGAAGCAGUGGAUGUACAGCGUUUGCAGAAGAUGUAUGGUGCGGCGUCAUCAUAG